CUCUCGCGCAUCUGACCUUCGAUCCUCCCGCACACCUGCGCGAUUGCUCUCACCGGCCAAUUGACCUCCCAUGGCUUCAGUCGCUGCGGUAUACAGGGUGUCGGCGCGCGCUGCAACACAGCAGUUGCGUAAUCAUGGUGCUCGGAGAGCGUUCCACUCCGGGCAGGCCUCGCUCGCUGCGCACAAUUUCAACAUGCCCGCGCUUUCUCCGACGAUGACCGAGGGUAACAUUGCGACGUGGAAGAUCAAAGAAGGUGAUUCUUUUUCUGCCGGAGACGUCCUCCUCGAGAUCGAGACGGAUAAAGCGCAAAUGGAUGUAGAGGCUCAGGAUGACGGCAUCUUGGCCAAGAUUCUGCAAGGAGACGGAUCUAAAGCAGUCCAGGUAGGCUCCAGGAUUGGGGUCACAGCAGAGCCCGGCGAUGAUUUGAGUUCACUGGAACUUCCCGAGGAAGACAGCCCUGCACCGAAAAAAGCAGAAGCUCCUCAAGAACAGCCCAAAAAAGAAUCCAAUAAGAAGUCUCAGCCGGCUCCCAAGGAAGAACGAACCUCCUCCCCGCCUCAAUCUGAAGCGUCGAAGAAAUCUGCAAGUGGGAAAGCUACGAAGCAGACCUACCCACUGUAUCCAUCCGUACAACAUCUUCUGGAGGUGAACGGCUUGCCGAAAGAGGAGGCGGAUAAGAUCCCAGCCACGGGCCCCAACGGGCGAUUGCUGAAGGGCGACGUCCUGGCAUACGUUGGUAAGAUCCAAGGCUCAUACCCGUUGGAGUUGGCAGAGCGUUUCGAGAAGCUGUCUCACCUCGAUCUGUCCAACAUCAAACCAGCGCCAAAGAAGGAGGCGCCCAAGAAGGCCGCUGAAGCACCGUUGGCUAUUGACGAGCUCGACGUCGAAGUGGCUCUGCCUGUUUCUCUCACGGCUGUCAUGGAGUGCCAGAAACGCGUCAAGGACUCAAUAGGUGUCUUCCUCCCUCUAUCUACUUUCGUUGCCCGUGCCACAGAGCUAGCAAACGAGGAUCUGCCAAAGUCCAAGUCCGCGAAGCCCUCUGCGGACGAGCUUUUCAACGCUGUUCUUGGCUUGGACAAGGUGGCAGGACGGAAGUAUUCGCGAGGUCACUUUGUCGCUCAAGUGACUGCUUUUCCCGCGACGACACUACAGAGCACGCGCAGACCUAGCUUUAAGAGGCCGGACGUACUAGAUAUUCUAGCUGGGAAACCACUAUCUCGCGGAAGCAAGUCGUCUACAGUCGGUGGAGCGGAAGGGGUCGUUGGGCCCCUCAACGUAUUCAGUGUUAGCGUGCCCAAAGGCGACGAGAAGAGAGGACGGGUUUUCCUCGAGCGCGUCAAGAGUGUUUUGGAAAUGGAGCCAGGAAGGCUCGUUGUUUGAAAGUCUUGAUGUUCGAUGAAUAGCGUCUGUAUAGUAGUGCUGUCCACCAAGCUCCUGAGGAGCGAGAUAUAAUGCAAUUUGGAAUCUGUCUUUCUCGUCGAUGCC